AGUCAGUUGUUCACUGAGUGUUAAUUCUCGGUUACUGAUGCUGUUCGUUUUCUUGCUGUUGGUAGUACCUGUUCUAGGCUUGAAAAACACCAAUGUGACUCGUACGAUACGCUUUAAAGGAAACAUUGUAAAGAUACAUCAUGAUAUUCUACUGAGUGAAACACCUGCUAAGUACCAACUUGUCAUUGAAGAAAGAGAAUGGAAACAUCUGGCCUUCAUCGGUGCAUCGUGUGGAGACCUGAAGUCAUCGCGGAAAGUCCCUGUAAAGCCAACAACCGGCAUGCCUUAUACGUACUCUAUAGAUCUUGGAAAACCGUCGACCGAACAAAUUCAUUUGUUUGUGGACAUUGUAUUAACUGAAUUGUUAGAACCAAGACCUGCUGAGAUUUAUCAAGCUGAUAAGCAGUUCGUCAAGUUUAGUGGCAAUGCUUACUUUUAUUCCCCGUAUCUGACUGACAAUCAGCUAACGUACAUUCACUUGCCAAAGGGUCAACUUCUAACUCACACUGCUACGUCAAUCCCACCUGUCAUAAAUGGAAAUAAUUUAGUCUAUGGUACUUACGAAAGCCGUCCAGCCUUCUCGACGGAGCCACUUGUCCUACAUUUCGAGUAUUACGUUCCAUUCCUGACGGUCACUGAUAUGACUCGUCUCAUCGAAGUAUCGCAUUGGGGAAAUAUUGCGGUUGAAGAAACGCUUGAAAUCGUGAACACGGGUGCGAAGUUGCGUGGUUCGUUUUCUCGUUUGGAUUUUGAUUAUGGCGUCGGACAACAGGUAGCAGUCAACUCCCUUAAGACAGUUUUACCACCAUCUGCAAAGGACAUUUACUAUCGCGAUGAGGUUGGCAAUAUAAGCACAAGCACAGUCAAAAACUUGCUAGAUUCCGUGGAGGUGACUCUCAUUCCGCGCUUCCCGUUGAUGGGUGGAUGGAAAACGCGCUACACAAUAGGAUACAACAUCCCAGCCUAUGAGUUCCUCUAUCACAGUGGUUCUAAGUUUGUUCUUGUAAUGCCGUUCAUUGACCGUGUUUACAAGGAUCAAUUCAUUCGCAACUUAACGCUGAAAAUUGUUCUCCCCGAGACCUCUGACGAUAUUCAAUUCGAAACACCUUUUCCAGUUCAUGAACAGCAUUUUGAAAAUUUGAAAACAUACUUAGACACAUCAGGCCGAACCGUUAUUGUCUGCAAAGCUGCAAAUCUUGUCGAUGAACACAUUCAAGAUUUCAAGGUGAAUUAUCGCUUCCUUCUGCCAAUGAUCCUCCGAGAACCUAUGAUGCUGAUUUUAGCGUUCUUAUGUAUAUUCGGUGCUGUAAUUAUUUAUGUCCGCUUGGACUUUUCGAUCUACAAGGAUGAAAAAAAUGAACGUCGCCUUCGAAUACAAACGCUAGUAGAUGAAACUCAAGCCUUGCUAAGAUGUCGUUCUUCUUUGUAUCAAUGUUAUGAAGAUGCCCUGACAAAAUAUAAAGGAUCUAAAGAUAGUGCACAAUUCACAACUGAUCGCCGUAAAUUAGAAGCGGAAUAUAAAAGUCUAAAUCAACAGUUGAUGUCAGUUCAGAAUAAAAUAGGAGAUUUAUAUCCGGACGGAGUAGAUAAAGUAGGCUUCUUAGUAUAAAUUUUUGUUUUCAGUCAGUAUUCUUACCUUAAAGUUUAACACUUGAAUUACUCAAACUUCAAAUGUGUAAUGGAGUAUGACUGGAUUUUCACUUUGUUUGGUCAUUUAUUCGACACAUGGUCACUAAAUUGUGUUACCUUAGUCCAUGCACUACAUAAUCAAGCAGACGAACGGUGAGAUUUGUCAUGUACAUAAUCUUGGGUGUUCUUCACUGCAUAUGAUACUUAUUUAGACAAAUGUUGGUGCAAAAGGAUACCCGAAGUAUAUAUGGGCAACACAAAAAAUGAGAUUAUGAAGAGAUAGAGAAAGAUCUGUACAAAAACCGCAACAAUUAGUAUAUGUAAUUGAGUGAGAUUGAAAAAUAAUUAGUGUAGUUCGGUUAAGAAAAAUGCAAUCAAAAAGAAUCGUUUCAGUUAAAGAAGUUACUCAUAUAAAGAGAGUAAGAGAAAAUUACAUUAGGAUCAUCUCUGGCUCCUAUUCUUAAUCAUGUCUGAUAACAUAUGAAACCACUGUGAUACUCUGUCUUUAGGAUCCCAACCAGGAAUUCAUGAAGGACCGACAAAUACCAAUCGUGUACAGCUUUUUUCCAUAUCACGACACAAAAUCAUACACUGACCACUUUCACUGUUCCCAACUAGUCUCAUCCUCGAACUCAUCACGCCAAAUAGAGUUAGGAAUGUUUAUUAUCUAUUCCACAUCCGUAAAGUACAAAGUAGGUCCCAUUUUGCUUCUAUUCAGUUGAUUUUGUUUAAGUAUUAUGAGUAGGGUGUUUCAACUUAUCCGUACAUUCUAUGUGUCAAGCUCAUACCUUCUACAAAAAGUAUUUACCAAAAGUUGACUCAGUAGUUAUAUUAUUGAGUUACUUCUUAUAUCUGGAUUUCAAGUUAAAACGGUCAUAUUUAUUUUUCUAGUUGAACGACAUCAACCAUUUGGAUCAACAAUAUCGUGAUCUAGUUCAAGAAGGUAUCCAACUGGCAGAAAAACUCCUCACUGGCAAGUUGACAAAACCACAAUAUCAGUCCUCAAAUGACGAUUUAUGUUCCAAGAAAGCUGAUAUAAUCUACAGGAUAGAUUCAAUAUUAGAAUGCCUCUAGCAGUAACAAAUAUGAUUCAUGUGUAUAAUUUUUUGUGUUGACUUUAUUUUUAGUCCUUAUCUUCGUGUGCGAUUGUGUUUUGUUAAUUUUUUCUACCAUUAAUGUUUUCCACUUAAUAAAAGACAUUGGAUAAGUUGUUUAUUGUUUGGCCUUAGAGUAAAAACAUCUUACCCGAAUGGUUGCAUAUAUGAUGCUCAGUACAUUCCACUACGUAGUCGUUGUACUGCUUUCGUAUUAUUAUUAAAUCAAGAAUAGAUUACUAUAAGCACCCUAGCAAUUACAGUUUUUUUAUUUACAUCUGCGAGCACUAAAGCCCUAAAUUGUAAUUUAAACAGUAUAUGUCGCUUGACGUCAUCACAUCUUUUUAUUUCAGUAUCUAGUCGCCUAAUACUUAUGAACUGGAAAAGAGAUCGAUUAAUUUAUAAUUUUGCAAGAGUAAGUUCAAUAUUUCCAGUUGCAUCUGAUGCAAGUGUUGAGACUCACCACUUCUAAAUAAUCGUCGCUUAGAUUUAUUGUGAUAUAGUUACGUGCUACUCCGACUGAUGUCAUACAUUUACGUUGAUGUAAGCGUAUCCAAUAUUCAAGUUUUAUAUACAGCCUGCCGCUUCUGUAAAUCGGUCCAAACCAUCACACCUCACUAGACAAGUGAUAUGAAAUUAUUGGGGCGCAUUCCCGUGUACUGGCAGUGGUAAUAGUAAAAGAAAAGCAUCGAAUACGGUUGAAAUACGAAGUUAUGAUAACUGGUGUAUAUAAGGGAAAUAAGAACUUCCGAACUGAAUGGUAGAAGUUUACAUGCAUCAAUGUGGAUGACUCAUCCAUGACAGAUAGUCGCAUCAUUGCUUACAAUAAUUGCGUAGGUCAAAACCAGAUAGUCUAUACCUACUGACAUAACUCAGUCCCGUAGUCUGUCUCCAUGCAUUAAUGUAACACUAAGGCUUAAUCACCCCUAGCCUUAUUCCAGCCUACUACCCCCAUCAUUCUGCGUCAAAAUGGGAAGUGGGUUUCGUCAUAAAACCUGUCUUGAAGCAAAAUUUUGCAUUUGAAGGGAGAGAAAUGCGUACCAGAUCUGUUCCCUUUGUUGCUUGUAGCGACCAGAACUAUCUCGUCUGUGUAUUCGGAGUCAACGAGUGGACCUCCUGGUAGGAGACCGAUUCCUGAUAUGGAUGAUAAAUGUGGUACUUCUAAAAGCAAAUUUACAGUAAACUUGGAUUGAGAUAGGGAACAUUAACAAGUUUGACGAACACCGAUUGAAUUCGUCAAGUCCAAUGACGGUUUACGAUGAGCUCUGAUUUGAUUACUGGUGUUCGAGUAGAGCAUGCGCAAGGUUAGUGGACUUUCUUGUUACGCUUUUUAAUGACAGGAAUUGACGUAAAACCUAUCGACCUAAAUACUUAAACGUCUUCGGUUCGGUAAAUACAGGUGUGGCUGUUUGGCAAUGGUUAUGUCUGUGUUCCAGGACCUGAGAAAGGGCGAAUGUUUAGUCUCAAUUUUUGAGUCUAAAAUCAACUUUCUUUGUUCUAUUGAUGAGCCCUAUUUGAGCGCUGCGUCAUUAAUGAGGCUAAUAUUGUAGACACGAUUAGGUAAACUGAUUCCUGUGUGAUUAUCUCAGUGGGAUUCUUAUCUUGUAAAUAGAGGCGAUCAAGAUUAGUCGAGUGGGAUUGUUCUUAUUUUCCUGGUUUUGAGUAGUAUUAGUCUACCUGCUAAAACCGGACAACCGUCUCCGGAAGUAAAUCGUGGACCGGUGGUUUCCCGGUUGUGACAUCUUAUGGAUUUUUCAACUUCAUGCGCGAAUGGGCAGUUGUUCAGACUAGGUUGUUUAGUAACAGUAGGCAACAGGAAGGUAGUUGGAGACCACUUAAGCUAUCCUUCAGUAUUCAACCCAUAGUCCCAGUCUUUCAGGUUGAGCGGAUCAUUUCGAUAAACAGACUGUCUCUAGUUCUUGAAAUACACUUCUGAGAUUCUUGUCAUGGUUUUUCUGCAACCAGCCCCCAAACGCCCUGGUAUGGCUGAGAGCGGGGUGGGUUCGCCCUUCCUCUCGAAAUACUUUCACAAGGCCGCGCGUAUACAGCCUCUGCCAGGGGAGUCCUGCUCACUGCCUUCUCGCAUCACGGGUGUUGUUUACGAAAAUGAGAGGAUGAAAAGCGAAUGUCCGACGCUUUAACCGGAUUCCAAACCAAUGGUGCAUAUGGGCACCAGUAUCCUGCGGGAACAAAUGGCGUAUGAACCAAUCGUCGGUCACCGGCUACCAUGGGACUGCAUCUCCCCACGAUGCUCCACUGCUUUGUGGGUCGGACCUUUAGGUCAAAGGCUCGGGGUGUGGCCCCCUAAGAGAACCACCUGCUUCGGUCUGGGCACCCGGGCAGUAACGCAGCCCACACGCAAUUAAUGAACUGAAAUUGUGUGGCGCAUAUAUGUUUGGCGCACUCCUGUACCAAUAUAUGUGUUCAAAUAAAAUAAAAUAAAAAAGACGAACACACUCGCACUAGAGUAUGAUCGAAACCGAAUUAUGUACCCCAGAGUGGACGGGAGUCUUCUGCCACCAACGAUGGCUAGUGGAAGUGAGGUUUAUCUGGGUCUAUAGUUGGGUCGGUCUUGAGGGUCAUCGUGUUAGUCGAUAUCUUCCCUUACUCUAAAAGUUAUUGCUUGGCAAGAAUAAACUUGUCUAUGUUUAAUCGCUGUACAAGGUUUCCGUUUUCUGUUCGUCGAGCUAGGACACUGUAAGAGCCACCUGGGCAUCUUUUACCCUGAUUUAAACUAUCUACUUGAGUGCUAAAAUCUCCUGCUACAAUAAAGACUUGAGGGGGCUUAACGUUCUGUGGUAGAAGAGAAAGCUUUCUGUAAAACUUAUCCUUUAGUUCAUCUCGAAGGCUGUAAAGAUGACGCUCUUAGGUUUACCGAUUUGUAUGUAUCAUUGAAUACAGAUGCUUCCUAAGCACCUUAUGAUUUUUGGCAUAAGAGACUUUAAAAUAUCUAACUCCUUACAUAAACAGAAAACAAAUUACUCUGACAUUGACAGAUACACAAACUCCUGAUAUUCAGUGUAAAGACAGUAAUAACAACAAAUUCUGAUCAAGAAACACUAGAAAGCUAAUUCUGUCCACACUAAUAUCACUCAAUGAUACCUAUACAAGAAAAUAGAAUCAGGGCUAUUUGUCAUAAUUUUCCUAAUCACGACAACUUCCCAGUUUGAAUAUGGAUUCGUUUAGAAGAACUGACAAUAAAUAAACGAACAAGUGGAUUGGCAUUGUAAUUAUUUUCCUUUUUGUAAAAAAAGGUGAGAGAUUUAGGACUCAGUAUACCUACUACACAAUGAUACAAACACAAAUGGUUGUUAGUUUAGUUAGUUAGCAUAUAUAUCAUCCUCAGAAUAUUAUCUAAAGCAGUAUGAAUAGUAUUGCUAUACACACUAUAAUAAUAUUAAUCUGUACAAUGUUGCGUGUAAGGAAUAGACAAGAAGUUAGCGAAUAUAUAGUUGCAAAUGAGUAGAAUUAACCAUUUAG